CCGAAGAAAAAUGGCUGCACGCGCUGGAAACAAACGUGGUCUGGAGCAUUUAGAUGAAUAUGAACCGCAUCAAGCUAAACAACAGCGAAGUCUUCAUGAUCAGAUGACGGAAAAGCGUCUCGUUGUUGUUUUAGAAGGAGCUACGCUUGAAACCGUAAAGGUUGGAAAGACAUUUGAGUUGCUGAACUGUGAUCAGCACAAGACUAUGAUAAUAAAGAGUGGAAGAGACCCUGGAAAGAUCCGCCCUGAUAUCACGCAUCAGUGCCUGUUAAUGUUACUGGACAGUCCAUUGAAUAGAGCUGGACUACUCCAAGUGUACAUUCACACAGAGAAGAACGUUUUGGUCGAGAUCAACCCACAGACAAGAAUUCCUCGCACAUUUGUGAGAUUUUGUGGACUCAUGGUCCAGCUUCUGCACAAGAUGAGUGUGAGAGCAGCAGAUGGCCCUCAGCGUUUGUUAAGACUGAUUAGAAAUCCAGUGUCAGACCACCUGCCACCUGGAUGUCCCAGAUAUUCUACAUCUUUCAAAGCAGGAGAUGCUGUGUGUCCUAGGUCAAUUGUCCCUACAGAUGGACCUGCUGCUAUUGUCAUUGGAGCAUUUGCACAUGGAAGAGUGAAUGCUGACUACACAGAGAAGACGGUGUCCAUAAGUAACUAUCCUCUGUCAGCUGCUCUGACCUGUGCCAAAUUCUGUUCAGCAUUUGAGGAGGUCUGGGGAGUGUUAUGAUUAAACCAAACCAUGUUACAGUCCUGUUUGUGAGCAGGCCUUUGGACUUUACUCUGUGUGUGCACAUAUGCGGUCCAGUCCUAUGUGCAAAAUGUGCUGUCUGCCACCACAGAGAAUGUUUCAUGUGUUAUAACACGAUUAUAACUCAUGGAAGCAAACAACUACACCAUUUACAGAUUGGGGUAGCCAGUUGGACAUCUGUCUUUACAAAUUGGUUAUGCAUUUAAAUGUUUUCUUGUUGCCAAUAAACCCAGAUUUGCAUUUAA